AUGAUUCCAGGAAAAAAAGGUUAUGAACGUAUAAAAUGGUGUUUUAAUAAUACUUUAAAUGAUAAUUUUACUUUUAUAAUAUUUUUUAUUGAUUCAGAAAUUGAGUUUCCAGAUUAUUCUAAUCAUAAUAAAAUUUAUUUAAAUAAGAAAUUUAAAAAGCUUAAAAAUAUUAUGAAUCCAGAUUUUAACAAUAUUAUUAAAGAAAUAAAUAAUGAAAAAAAUAAUUCAAAUUCAAAAAAUGAAAUUCUAAACGAGAACCUAAUGGAAUUUUAUGAUUGGAUUGGAAUGUCCACUAUUGAAUCUUCUAGAAUAAAUUUAGAUGAUAAUAAAACCAUUGAUCCUUAUAUCUCUAUUAAUAAACCACCAGAACCUCAUGAAAUAAUUGAUGAGAUGUUAAUGUUUAAUUGGAGUGGAUUUAUUCCACCUAAAAUGAUUUUAAAUUUAUUUAAUUACAUUUGGUAA